UCUAUAUUUCAGAAAUUCAAAUAUUAAAUAAUGACUCACUUAUUAUAUAGCAAAACAUUUUUUGAAUUUUAUUAUGAGUUACAUUCUAAUCUGUGAUACAAUCUAGUUUCUAAUAGUCUAUACAACGAACGCUCCCUAUCUGGAAUAAACAUGGCGACUUGCUUGUAGGGUUUGUAGGUGAUAUUGGCUGGAUAUUGGAAACAUUGACAUCCGUUUGGUCUAGGCCAGUAAUUCUUAGCUACCGAGAGGAAGGACAUUUUUAAAAGAGUGCUUCCAGUUUUAAACCGAGGUCUGUGAGUUGACGUGAGAUCCCGAGGAAGGAUGAGACUGACCAGAAAGCUUUGUGCGGGAAUCCGUGAUGUCACCGUGAGGAACUGGAAUAUUCAGUGGCAACGACACGGCAAAUUCAAUGAUCAGCCGGUCAAAGUUCCUCCAGCAUUGGUGCAGAAAGGUGUGGAGAUUGUUGAUGCCAAAGAGUUGUUGAAACGGAAAGCGGUUCCGUGGAGCCCACCAGUGGCCGACGACCUGCGGUGGGCCGAGGCCGUCCCGCCAGAAGAACGAGCAGACUGGAAGACGGAGCCGGCGUACUCGUUCAGUCAUGAGGUGCAGUUGUACGAAGGCAUGAAACAAGCCUGUCUCAUUGCCAAAGCCCAGCACUUUGAAGGUUUGCCGCCCGCCGUCCAAGAACUGGUCGGUGCUGUGCCGACGCCAGACAGGGACUUGCUGCUCCAGAGACUCAUCAUGCUGUCUCAGUGCUGGAACACAGACGAGACGCGCCUGCCGAAGCGGAAAGCUCCGCCGCACAAGAUCUUGUGGAAGUUCAAACGGGCCUACGGGAUCACAGCGACCAAGUCCAGUGAGAUUCUGCUACGGAGCCUGCUGCGACUGUGCCAGAGCCACGUGGGUGAUCUCCCCUCUCUUGCCGCCAGACGCCAGACGUACCAGCCCCUGCUGCACUCCCACGUCAUGUACCGCG